AUUUUUUGAAAAGUGUGCCUGAAAAAAUGUCCCCUUGAUUGACACUAAAAUUUAUCAAAGACAAAAAUAAUAAUUUAAUUGACAUUUUAUUUUAUUUAUUUAUAAUUUUUGUAUAUAAAAAUGACGCAAAUCAAGCUUCCAUCAUCUGAUAAAUCCUGUAUUUUCUCAUGUCGAACAAGUUUCAUCAUUAUUUUGACAUUCUUUAUCACAAUUAAUGCUGUUGAAGAAACAGAAGAAUUACAAAAAGAAUGUGGUCAAUAUGGUUUCAAUUGUGUGGAUGAAAAGACUCUUGAAUUUUGUCCAAUUGUUGUUGAUGGAGCAACUGAUUUAGCACAAUUAUAUGAAUGUGAUGAAAAUUUCACUUGUGACGAGGACAAUCCAUCUUAUUGUACACCAAAAGAACCACCAAAUAAAUUAUUGCAGGAUACCAAUAAAAAUGGGCAUUUAGUUAAUGGAGAGAUUGGAUUUGUUGACCUGGCAAAAGAUGUCCAUGAUGAAGUGUAUUAUGGUGAUAAUGAUUGGUAUUAUAGACAAGCUCGUGCUGCUGUUGCAAGUCAUGAAGAUCCUUGUGUUUGUGAAACAACAACUUUACCCACAGAAACAACAAUAAGAACAACAGAAACGAAUGAAGAAUCUGAUUUUACAACUGUUAAUUAUACGCCAGCAUCGCCAUUUGAUUGCGAUUCUUAUGGGUUCUUUGCUGAUCAAAAAAAUUCAAGUCUUUUCUGGCAUUGCGACGUACCAAUAAAUGGUCUUGGUUUUCUUCUACGCCACAUGAAAUGUGGUCGUGAUAGAUUUUUUGAUGAAACACUUAAAAGUUGCGUUCUAGAAGGAUCAAUUCGGCAAUUACGUAAAUAUGAUUCGAAAAAUGAUGUUGAAAAUGGCAAACGAAAAAUCAAAUACACAACCGAUUGCAAAAAUCGAAAACCGGGAAAAUACGCUGACGAAUUUGACUGUCAUAUCUAUCAUAUUUGUUUGUCGAAACAGUUUUCGCCAGCAGUUCAAAUGACAUUUAUGUGUCCUCGACAAACUGCUUAUGAUUGUAUAAGUCGAUCUUGUACGAUUGCUGCUUUUAAACGAUGCGAAGUGAAGAAACAGAAAGAAACGAAUAAUAUCAAUUGCACAACACCAAUGCGAUUUCGAAGUAUUGACGAUUGUCGAAAAUAUUUUGUGUGUUUCGUUGACAAUGUUAUCGAAAUCAAGUGUCCGAAAUUUUACAAGUUCGAUGACGAUUCUAUGGAAUGUUUGCCUGAAAAAGUAGCCAAUUGCAAGGAGAACCCUGUAUAAUUUAUUUUUAUUAUUUUAUUAAUUUAUUUAUUUGUUUAAAUAUUUUAUUUGUUAAUAAAUAAAAAAGGUCAAUUUUAUCCUUAAAAUAAUUCGUAAAAAGAAA